UAUAAAACGAAAAUUUAAACAAAACUAAAAUAACAACAACGACUAAGACGCGCCCGCUGCAAUAACGAUAUUAGCAACAAAGAAACUGAAAAUAGUACUAACUGUAAAUUACAGUGCCUUCAAUAAAGUAAACAACAAACUAUAGUCGCCACCACAACAAACAGCAAAAACAAAAAAAGAAAUAUAUUUUCACUUCACAUUUUCAUAUGAAGCGCGAAAUAACAAAACUCACCAGCACCUAGCACCUUUAGUAUGCAAUGAGGCAGCCAGACAAACGCAUCGACAACGAUCGGCAGCGCCAAGUAUUAGAAAUACACGAGUGUGAUUAAAAAGGAUGAAUAGCAACAACCUGCAGCAAUGGUGGGAAAACUCAUAUCGACGACAGCAUCAACAACAGCCGACUGUCGAUAGCAAUAUCGAUAACGAUAGCGCUACAACUGACCUGCACUAUGCCCUACUCGAGCAGAACUUUUUUGGCGGCAAUGGAGGAAAUUUUGGCAAUGGAAAUUCGGCCGGAAAUUCGCCGCAAGACUUUGACUAUGACAACUAUGGCAAUUUCACACUGGUUGAUCCCUAUGAUUUUGACAAUGGCGCGGAUUCGGAACAUGCGAUACCAUCAAUUACCAUUCUACUCUUGGCUAUAAGCUAUGGCCUGGUCGUCUUUGGUGGCGUCGUCGGCAAUUCUACUUUAGUGCUUACCCUCUGUUCGGCUUCAUCGGUGCGCUUGCGAAAUCCCCUACUCUUAGCCGUAUGCGUUGCCGAUCUCCUAGUCACGGGCAUUUCAGCGCCGGUUACGCUUCUCAAUCUGGCCAUGAAUCGCGGCACUCGAUCAUUACCACUUGCACUAUGCAAACUAAUACACUACGUACAGGUCAUGCCAGUGGCAGCUAGCACUAUUUCUUUCUUCAUGCUCUCACUGGAUCGCUAUGCCACCGUGAAACAUCCACGUUUGGCUCAGUUGCGACAGCGUCGUUACCUUCACGUCUCUCUGGCUCUUCUCUCAUGGAUCGCCUCGGCAGCGAUCAGCACGCCAUUCCUGUUUGCCUAUAAGAUAAUAGCAAAGUCGGUGGUCAUUAAGGGUACAAGCACAACACCGAAUCCGGUUAGCAUCAGCUGCACAUCAGAGUUGGGCGCGAAUGCGAUGUUCAUGUCCUUCAUCAUCUUUCAUACGAUCGCGGUGUUUGUGCUGCCCGGCGUGGGUGUUCUACUGAAUCACUAUGGCGUACGCCGUAAGCUGUGCGCGCUCUCCUUGACAGCGCGAGCUGCCCAUGGUGAGCUGCCAUUGCCAAUGCCCAUAUUACGCCGCCAGACACACAUGGUGAUCGUGACGGGCUGUGCGAACGCACAGCAAGCGGCAUGUGGCGGCGCAACAACGGCAGACGAUACAUCGAAUGGCAAUGGAGGCGGUCAAAUGGCUGUCAAUCCCGGCGAUAUUCAGUUGCAUAAUCUACAGCCCUGCUUGCAGGCUGGCUCCAGUGCGGCACUCGAACCGGGCUCCUAUCGCUCCAGCAAUCCCAUUUCACCAAGAGCUAUGAGGGAGAUACGCGCCCAUUCGCAACGGCAACGGAUUCAUCGCUUGGGCCGCGGCCCAGCCACUCCUGGUAUACCUCUGCCACAGACAUCGACGCUGCGUUCGCGUCGACACUUGGCCAAUAUGCUGGUUGCAUCGGCUCUAAUCUUUAUCAUCUGCUGGGCACCGCAUGUCUUCUGCAUAUUCUAUAAGAAUUUCGGCUAUAAGCAAUACUGCAGCAAAACUUCCGUCUACUUCAGUCUCCUAUUGGGCUACUUUUAUUCGGCCAUUAGUCCAAUCAUUUAUUGGGCGCUCAACCAUAACACGCUACGACAAUCGCCCUGUGCGCCCAUUAUUCGCCUACGCUCCAUGCAAAAUUUUCUACGUUCGCGUUUUCGAUCGCACACCGUACCGGCGGCGGCAUCAUCGACAAACGAAGCGGCAUUGGGGGCAUUCAAUCCUAAGUUAAUAAAGCUAACACCGAAGCAGUAUAGAGCUCAGGCCUCUUCGCAUUAUCUCUACUAGUGUGUGAUACUAAACUAAACUUAAAUAUAUACAUAUACAUACAUGCCUACAUAAAUAUAUAGAAUUUUCCUUUAAUUUCCGUUCUGUCUUGAAGUGUUUUUCUCUUCGCAAUUAGUUGGCAAAAAGCGAAUACGAA